AUGAUGUCAUCAGAGCGCCUAUCCUGUGGUUGGCUGCGGCAGCUACUCCUCAUCCUGCUGAGGCUCUCGUUGGCCUAUGCCGGCCCCACACAACCAAUCAGUGGGACAGAGUGCGCAGCUAGGGGUCCUGCCUCCUACAUUCUGGUCUUUACAGGUCACUGGAGCCCUCAGACCUUCCCAAAGCAGUACCCCCUCUUCCGGCCCCCUGCCCAGUGGUCCAAGCUCAUAGCGGUCACCCAUAAUGGCCAAUUUCGGCUGUGGGAGGAGGGUGCUCCAGCCAGUGCAGGGGUACAGAGAUUUGCUGAACUCGGGGUGACAGUGGAGCUGGUGAAGGAGGCCAAGGAGGCCAGAAAGAGGCGGGCAGUCGGCGCCAUGUACCGAACGGCCGGCAUCCCUAACGGCAUUGGGCACAGCUCCACAGAGUUGCUCAUGCAGCCCCGGAGCUCACUGCUCUCCAUGAUGGUGAAGGUGAUCCCCAGCCCUGACUGGUUUGUUGGUGUGGACAGCCUCAACCUUUGUGAGGGUGGGCAGUGGAAGCAGGAAGUGACCUUAGACCUCCAGCCAUAUGAUGCAGGGACAGACAGUGGAUUCACUUUCUCCUCUCCCAACUUCCCCACCAACCCUCCAGAAAACAUCACAAGGAUCACAUCUCAGAUGCCCAAUCACCCAGCCAACUCCUUCUACUAUCCACGCCUACAGGAGCUGCCGCCAAUCGCCAGCAUAAAGCUGACACGACAGAAUAGAGCACCCGUCCGCCAAAAUCCCAUGUCCAAUCAUAUUUUGCCCAAUUCUAUCAGUCCCCAGCGCUUCUCAGAGACACCACUGGACUGUGAGGUGUCACUCUGGUCAUCCUGGGGUUUGUGUCUGGGCCCCUGCUCCCGGGGCGGUAUCCGCCACCGUACCCGCUACAUCCUCUUGAGGCCGGCUAAUGCUGGCGCCCCCUGCCCUGAGCUGGAGGAACAGGCUGAGUGCACACCACACCACUGUCUGAAACGCCAGUAGCCCUCGGGAACAUACAACCACUGACAUAGCCAGUAUGCAACACUGGGACUAUCAUUUUAUUACUGAUGGACUGAGAAGAUAUCACUGCAGCUUAAAUGUACCCUUAAUAAUGCAAGGGUUUUUUGUUUGGUUUUGUCACAUCCUGAUUGUGGAUAUUUAGACCUACUGUGUUACUUGUCCAGUUCUUUUACAUUAGAUAAAGCUCUCCUAGUGGUGGAUUUCUCCAACAGCAGUAAAUGGACUCCAAGGCCUGAGUGCACCAUUGGUCCCUCUAUUCAGGUUCAAGAUGACACUCUAAAAUGUGUCAAAGUAAAAAAAAAAAAAAAAAAAAAAAAAAAAAAAAAGUGUUUUAUAUCAAAAGUCAUGGAUACAGAGGUCAUGCUGGAUAAUGGUAAAAAGUUGCAUGACAGACGCAUGCCUUCCAAACUGUGUAUACCGAUGAUAAUGGAUUGAUGAUUAGCAGCCACACAUGCGUUUAACCUGGAAGCUAACAGUGGUAGACCGCAGUCACCAUGCACAAUGUCUUCUCCACACACACACACACACACACACACACACACAAAAGUCCUUGCACAUACUACAUACUUUUGCAGGCACGGAGGCAUUAGUUUACAUACGUAGUCUAUACAUGCUUGGCACAUGCAGCUUUUUCAAAAUAACCCCACAGCCUGAUUUAUAAAUAUCACCUUUCACAUGAAACAACUGAUGACUAACUUUAGUCUAGCAAACUAUCUGAGGGAUCUAGCCUAUUUUACAACAACAAACAGGUUUUUCUACAGGAAAAAGUGCUAGAUAUUUGUACUAUUAUCUCUUUUGAUAUUUUAAGACA